CAACUUUAUACUUUUCCAAUAUCUUGUAAUUCAUGGAGUUAUGGAUCGAAACCACCACUAUUUGCAUGCAUUCUACCGUCAUCCUUCUCAAAUUUCUCUGCGAUUUUCAUAGUCGAUCUGAUGUACUUUCUUGCGGAUCAUAACUACUCCAUUGAUCAUGAAUUCUGUACAAAACAAUCAAGAAACAAUGCAAAAGAACUGUGACGCCCCGGCAUCAAGCCUCCUGAGUCCUAUGGAAGAGUUUAAGUUUAUAGAACACAAAAAUGAUUCAAAUUUUACAGAGCUAGACCAGACUGAAUUUCUAGAGUCUUCAACCGAACCCAACAAAGGACCAACCUACAUGGGUUCAUGGUCAUUGCAUCCUGACAUGGAAGGCCAGUUUUACCCUGUCUUGGUGAAUAGCAGGGUUCAGUAUGCUCCAUUUACCGUGUUCCCUCAAAGUUACCCCUACGGUUAUCCGCAUCAAGAGUUCCAUUAUUUUGUGGUCAUUGAUUUUGAGGCUACAUGUGAUAAGGAAAGGAAUCCUCAUCCCCAGGAGAUCAUUGAGUUCCCUUCAGUUAUAGUUAGUAGUUUGACUGGUCAACUUGAAGCUUGUUUCCAAACAUAUGUUCGUCCAACUUGUAAUCAGCUUUUAAGUGAUUUUUGCAAGGAUUUGACUGGUAUACAGCAAAUUCAGGUGGACGGAGGAGUUACUCUUAGCGAAGCUCUUUUACGACAUGACAAAUGGCUGGAGAGGAAGGGGAUAAAGAACGCCAACUUUGCUGUCGUUACAUGGUCAAACUGGGACUGUAGAGUCAUGCUGGAAUCCGAAUGCAGAUUCAAGAAAAUCCGUAAGCCUCCUUAUUUUAACCGAUGGAUCAACUUAAAAGUUCCAUUCUGUGAGGCUUAUGGUGGUGCAAAAUGCAAUUUGAAAGAGGCAGUCCAGAUGGCGGGGCUAUCAUGGCAGGGUCGAGCUCACUGCGGUUUAGACGACGCCAAGAACACUGCCCGCCUACUUGCUCUGAUGAUGCACAAGGGCUCCAAGUUCUCAAUCACCAAUUCCUUGAUGUGUCAGCAGCCCAUUGACCACCAUGCUUUCACUUGGAAACCGCCACUCAUACACAUCCCUUUUCCGCUAUACCAUCACCACCUGCUGUUUCAUCCUUGCUGUUACUGCGGGGUGAAAAGCAGUAAAGGGAUGGUUCAGAAACCGGGUCCCACACAAGGCAGCUGCUUCUUUGGGUGCGGAAAUUGGACAUAUGCUAGAGGUGCUCGUUGCGAGUACUUUGAAUGGGCUUGAAAGCUAUAUUUCAUUGUCUCGGUUUAAGCUGCGCGUGAGUUUUUUUGUAAAAAGAAAAGGAGAAAAAGCGGAAAAGAACCAUGACAAGGGUCAGGUCGUGUCGUAUGGAAGGAUUAUGGUUGUUUGAAAAAGAUAAAUAUUUUAUGGUUGGCUCUAAAAUGAUAUAUGGUAAGAAGGGUGCAGAAGGAGUUAGUUAUCCAUACUAUCAAGUGGAGUGAGUGAAGAUAUGAGGAAUUGUUGGUGUGUUGGGGUGCUUUAAUUUUAAUUACAUGCUUAUGCAUGAUUGGUUAUCUAAAAUAAUCCAUGAAAUUGAUCAUCUUUUUAAUGAAGUCAA